AUUUCGUUGGCAUUUUUGUCGUUUUACAGUAGUAUUUUUUAUUAGAACGGGUUCGUUUUUGUUUUAGUUUUAUGUAUCGGUAUUAGAGAUAUAAGUAUGCAUGUAUGGAUGAUUCUACUACAUUCUAUUCAGUUUUAGGUAAAUUCUCACAAUGGAUACUGGCAUGAGCUCCGGAGGAAGUCUGACAGAGUCAGUGAUGGACUCAGAAGAAGAUGAUCGUGCGUUUAUCGAAAUAACAGAGCUAGACAGACUGUUAGGUCUGCCGCCCCCUCGGUUUGACUUGGGCGCAGCCGACAUCGAUCCUCGGGUGUUGGAGGCCGAUAACAGCAACAGUUUUGACCCGGAAAUUGAAUUCGCCUUGCCUCAUAAACCGGGGUUGCCUCGUAGAAUGGACCUAAGUCGUGCGAGUGAUGUGGAAACGGAAGUUUGUUAUGAUAAAAAGUCAAGCAAAGUGUCGGUGACGGAAUCAGUGGGUGAGGUGCCGGAGCAAUAUCUGAGGAUGGAGGCAGUGCCACCAGCAUCAGUCAGUGGACAAGAUGAGAUGCUAUACAAGAGGAGCAAGACCAGAGGACAGACGGGGGUGUUGAACAGAGUAGUGUCCAAGUUGUUGGCCAAGAGUGACUCUACAGAAGACAACAUUCUGCAGAACCUUCUGCUAGACUCCACUAGCUGUGAUAAACCUACCAUACCUCCACCCGUCAUCAACAGACUCAAGAAACUCGGCACUUCUGUUGAGGUUGAGCAGCCUUUGCCCAGCAACGGACAGGCCGACCCCACGACUGGAGCUGCUGCUGGAGCUACUGCAUUUCUUCAGAUCAUGCAAUCACUGGACAAAGCUGUGGGCCUUACCUCCGACCUCACCAAGAAGAAGAAGAAAAAAUCUAGUAAUAAUCAAGUGCCUUCACUUCAACUGUUAGCGGAAAUUGACAAUAGCGAUAAUAUGACAAAGUUUUCAUUCCAAGUGGAUUCCAAACAAGUGAUAGAACUACACGACGGGCAGAAGGUGUAUACUUGUGAUAUAUGUUUGGGCGUUUACAAUAGAGGCUUCAGUCUAAAGCGACACUACCUGAAAACACACAUUAACUACAAGCAUAUUUCUAAAAGGGACUUGCACAACUGUGGGAUUCUGUUUGAUCCUAGUAUUGAAAAGUUAGGUGGGAAGAAGAAGAUAAUUAAAGAAGACAGUCCUCCGGUUGUCUCGAACCUUUCCCCACCCAACGACAUUCCUGACCUAUACAGAUGUCACACGUGCGGUAAAUGUUAUAUGCUGAGAGAUGAUCUCCAACAACACCUCAUGGAUCAUCUACCUGUGUCCGUGCAAAACUUGAACGAUGACCAGUUCAAAAACUACUCGUGUCCCAAUUGCAAAGCUCGUUACCAAAAAAAGAAAUUGUUCCUUCGGCAUAAGGAGAUGUGCGGUAAAGAAGUUGAACCGGAACUUGAAGACACUACUAUCCACUAUUGCCUUUAUUGUGAAAAAAGUUUUCCCACAUUUUUACAAAAAAAGAAACACCAUUUGCAGUUGCACCACCCGAAGAAAAAACUACAUCAGUGUUACCUGUGCAAGACGAAAAUGUUCAAAGAGAGAUUGGGAGUGUUCAAACAUCUUCUUCUACACCAUCCGGAUGAGUACAUAGGAUGCCUGUCUUGUAAACUGAGGUUUGGUACUAGAGAAGAGUACAAGAAACACAACAAGGAAAACCACAAGACUUUGGGAACUGCUAAAAAACUGUUGAUUCAGCAAAAACUUGCAAACAAACCCCAAGGUCAAGAAGAGAGUGUUGAAUCUCGAUUGUCGGGAGAGACAGAAAAGGCCCUCGAACACAAUAACAAUCCUAACUUAGUUCUUAAGUGUACUGAGUGCCCAAAAAUGUUUGCAUGCUUUUUGAACAUGACAAGACACCGAAGGAUAGCCCACAGACUGAAAAAGAAGAAGAAAGUAUUAAAGAAAGAUUACGCUAAGGAAAGAGCCUUAGAUAAUAGAAAGACACCAACUCCGCCGCCUCCUAUAUUGACUCCCUCAGUUCCACAACCCACUCCUACUCCACCACCCGACCCGGAGCUGCUAUUCUACAGUACAAUCGCUCACAACAUCCGUGAGAACCUGACGCACCACUUGGAUGGGAAGUUAGACUCACAAGAGGUCAUGGAGUAUGACCUGAACAAGGCUUCUUCCGCCGAAGGGAAGAACAAAGUGCUCAAUUUCUCUGCGGGUGCGUCGUUCUCUUCACCUACAGUGCCUGCGGACGAACCUGAGGCCACCAGCACACCAGUGCAGCAGAAAGAGGCAAAGACUAUACCGAUCAGUCCUAGAGCUCCUUGGGAGAAGUUCAGUUUCCCAAAGAAUUAUGACGGACGUUGUGGCUUGACCUCGUACAUCAAGGACAUGUCUCACUUGGACAUAUCAACUCAGUUGACCAUGAGAAGGAAUCUUCAGAGGCUUAACUCCAUGGCUGGGCAGGAGGCCAACAAGGAGUCCCCUGCUAACAUCCCAGCUGGCCUGCUGCUGGUGGAGAGACCUGUGCCCGACUGUGCUGAGGCCUUUGGUGAACCUGACACUGACAAGGACAAAGAAGGUGGAAACUCGGUGUUGAGUGGAGAGUGGGUUCGACCACGUAGGUUCCUGUGUUCUGUGUGUGGCUUCACAACAACCUGUCUGUGGGAAGUAGAGGACCACAAGUACGCUCAACAUCCCAACGUGUGGGUGCCCCAUGUGGAGAUAGUGCACGAACAGAGCUCUGCCUGGGACUGGUUCUACUAUCGUCGGUUGCCGCCGCAGACGCCAGUAGAGUACACCACUCCUGCGCCUCUCACAGCGCCACUGUCAUGCAGCAAGUGUGGUCGUCAAUCUACUGUCCUCUCCGACCUACAUAGACACAUGCUGGAGUGCGGCGGAGACACUAGCUGGCAAAGCCUUGUUGGAGCGUCAGGUGGACGUCGACGCAAGUGGAGGUUCGGGUCUCGUCGGCGCAAACAUCAAGGCAGGCGCAUGCUCAAGCGGAAUAUCCCCAACACACCGGCCAAACACUCCUGCGGUCGCAUCCGCACCAAGCCUGGCGAUAUGGACACAAUCCAGAAGAUGAUAGCAAAUCUUCCGGCAAAACGUACUCGACGUGCAAUCGGGGAGGAUUUGGAGAUAAAAACUCGAAGUCAAGCUACAAUCAACAGUAACCGCUUAUUGAGGAAACGACAUAAUCGACACCACAAGGUCCCGAUAUCAUCUCUUGCAACUCACUCCAGUGCAGCACGACACUCUGCUAUAAAAGCAUCAAAAGUGGGAAAAGGCAACACCAAAGUGAACAGUCAGAAAAAAGUGAAAACAGAAAACAUACCACAAGAAGAAAAGACCCGAAACAAAGAAAUAAAAAUCAAAACAGAACCUUUAGACAGUGUUCCAAUCAAGGAAGAAGCGAUAGAGAAGGAAUUCCAACCCCUGGAGGCUGAGAAUAUGGUUCAACAUUCCGACAUUCUCACCAGUCUCCAGAUGAUCCGUGUGGUUAGAGAGAGUACAGAAGAGCAUGAGAAAGAAAAGGAGCUAGUUGACGAUGAGCCGAUAGAAACUUCAAAAAUACUCGCAGCUAUGAGGGAAGCCAUGCUAGAAUCUAGUGACAAAAUCGAGAACAGGAUGGUCACAAAAGCUGACAAAAGAAAGAAAGCAAAAACAGAAGAAAAACAAAUCAAAACAGAGCCUGUGUGGGAUGUGAAGAAACCAGAAAACGAUUCUGAGUUGAUAAUAUGUAACGGAUGUGGAAUGCAGUUUGACAACGCCUCCUCCUGCCACAGACACAAAAAGAAGUGUGUGUACUGGAAAGAGGAUAAGAACAGCGAAGACAAGCAAACCAACAAGUGCACUCAGUGCGGCUGCGUGUUCCCGUACCUGAUGGCCUUGUUGAAGCACAACUGUAGUCGCUCAGAGGAACCUGCGAUGCCACAGCUGUGUCCUGAGGAGCCGGUGGCAGAGGUGCUAGGAGACAGUGUGGAGGACAUACCUAUCUUGUCACCUGUGGAUAUCUCCAGAGACGAGACUGUGAGGAGAAUGUCCCUGGUGGAUGCUACAGUCAGCCUUGUCAGUGAUGAGAGCUUUGACAUCUCACAGUACCACCACAAGUACUUCAAAUCCUUAGGCUCUGACAAGAAUGAAGUUUCUGGUAAAAAGAAAGAACCAAAUGUGAAGAAGGUUAAAUCAGCUGAUGACCAGACACUAGAAGAGAAGGUGGAAAAAUCUGUUGUUUCUAGCGUAGAAACACCGAAAACAACCCCUCUUGUAAAGUCACCUGGCAGUGACCAGAGGAACAAGAAAGUUACUGAAAUAUUCAAAGAAAUAAAACGACGUGGUAGAAAACGUAAGCUCAAAGUGAAAAUCACCAAUAAACUAGUGAGUACUAAAGUUGGUCUUCGCAAACCUGGGUUGAAAAUGACUAAUGCUCUCAUUAAGAAAAAUCAGAUGAAAAGGAAAAAGAGAUCCAAUUUUCUGAUGCUUAUGAAUGAAUUUGAAAAACUACAAAAAGAAGGAGCUGUAGCUGUUGGAAAGCGGAAACGGAUUUGUUCCAAUUCAGAGUUGAGUUUUAGGUCUGUACGUUCACGAAGACAAAUUGUGCCCACUAUCAAUCAUUCUGACUAUGCAGAUAUUGAUUCUGUUAUUUCUGAUCUGUCUGAUCUCCAGGAUAUUCAGGCUUUUGUACAAAGCUCUGACAGAAAAUCUACCAGACGUACAAAUUCAAUCGGAAAUGAUGACAUGAUGUCAAGUACUGAGCCUGCAGAUUUUUUUGAAAUUCCCCCGGAGAAUACAACAAAAGAAGUCUCAACAGAGGGUUUUGACCAAAGCUCUAAUGUAACCAAAGAUAAAAUAGUAUUUGAUCUUCAAAAGGAAAUAAAACAAGAACCACCUGUUGUACAAAAAAGGAAACCUGGAAGACCACCUCGUCCAAAAAUUAUAACAGAAAACAAGCAGGAUGUUAGAAACUCAAUUAUUUUAAACAAUGAAAACUGUGCAAGUAAGAAGAAUCCUGAUGAUAAAGUAGAGGCUACUGUGGAAAAACCUAUAAAAAUCGAAAAAGAAGAAUAUCUGUCAGAAAAUAUAUCACAGGCUCAAGAUAUAACGAUGGUUAAAAGGAAACCUGGUCGCCCAAGGUUUAAAAGUAUUACUGAAGAAACAGAUCAGCACAUCAAAGAAGCAAUUGAUACAGUGAUUAAGAAAACAAUAGGAUGUAGUACAUCUGAAGAUUCUAACAGUUUUUAUUCCAAAGAAACAGGCAUUUUAGAUAGAAAAGUAAUUGAAAAUGAUAAGGUAGAUUUUUUAUCCUCUGAAGUAAUAAAACCUAAUCCAAGCUCCUCGCAGGAAGCCCUUUCAAAUGAAGGAACUGAGGAGCAUAUACAAGAAGCAAUAGAGAGUGUUCUAAGUCAAAAUCAUGAUGCAAUAGCAAUCAGUAGAGAAGUAGAUUGGACAAAAAUUGAUGAAAUUAUUUAUAAUGUCAGUAUUGGAAGUGCAGAAAUCAUGGAAGAAUCAGAGAACCCUGUGCCUUGUCCAGCUGCCUCCAAACCUAGCCAACCCUUACUGAUGAGAAGGAAAAGAAAGAAAAGAAAAAAGAUUUUCACAAAGUUCUUUAAAGGAUACCAAAACAAAUAUUUGAAGGAACGUUUGGAAAGCAAUCCCUCGAGAUAUCCUAGUUCAGUGAAAGAUAAGGUGAUUGAUAAUACCAAAUCAAUUGAAGGUGAACCUGCAGCAACUACAUCGACUGUGAAAACUGAUUGCUCAACUUCCAAUAAAAUACCUAAAGAUAAACCUGCAGAUACACAAUCUUCUGACCAAACAAAGAACUCUGUCAAUGUCCCCAAUGAUGAAUCAAAACCUUCAAGCGUUAAGUCUAAAGAAGUCGUAAAAACCAAACAGUUGUCAAUUGAAGAUUAUCUCACAAUUAAACAUUAUGUCAAAGGAGCAAAUAUCACAGCUGUCAAAGAGAAUGAGAAGAAGAGUGAGGAAGGCUGGAAAGUAAGCAAUAACAUAAAUGAGACAGUUAAAGAUGUUAAUAUAUCUAGUAUUAAAACCAAAGAAGUUUCAAAAAGCUUAACUGCAAUUACAACCCCUUGUGAAGACAGUAGAACUUCCACUUCCAAGCCACUGAAACAAAAGCCAGUCAAGCAUCAUGAACCCGACGACGAAGUAGUUACCAACCUAAAACCUCUGAGUCCAAGUAGUACCAGCUCAAGAGAAGACAUCGUGUUGAGUGUCAUCAAAGAUAAAGUAAUCAAGAAGAAAAGGAAGAAGUUGAAGCUGAAAAAGCUUCUUAAAAACAAACACAUCGAUAUUAUGGACAGUAAAAUAAGUAAAAUUACCAAACCAAAGAUAGCUCGUAGGGAAGAUAGACAGUUUUUAAAGGAAAAACUCUCAAAGAAAAUAAAGAAAAUUGAAGUCGGAGUGUCGAGAAAUCGGUGGGAAGUGUCUGUUGUGGAGAACAAAAACAAGUCUCAAGUACUUUGUGAAGAGUCUGAAACGAAAUCGGCGAGUGAGACGGCGAAGAAGUUCUACUGUUCUGUUUGUGAUGUAAAGUUUGAGUCUUCCUACAACUUGUACGAACACCAGCUUACGGCAGAACACAAAUUGAAGUCUACAGUGGCGGCUGUUAAUAAAAGCAACCUGUCAGAGGAGAGCGACCCAGUCAAGUACUGCAAGUCCAUCGGGAACAUCAUCAAUGAUCUGGAGAAGCGGACAUUGAACGUAGCCAAGGUGAUGCAUCAGUUGAAACAGAAGGACGGGUCAGACGGAGGGGAGCCAGGUGCUGUGGUAGAGUCUACUAGUAGUCCUGCCAAGGAAGAGUGGGGACUCGGGAUUGAGUGGUGGGAGGGAGCUCCUCUAGACGAUAACAGCUGCACGUCUAGCCUCGGCACUCUGAUGGUCGACACAGUCAACAAGCUGCUAUCUUCAGACCAGGACCCCAUGGUAGAUCCUCCAUACAGCUUGUCUGACCUACAGCUGGCCAUGGGCGCCAGUGACGAGGAGAUGGCCAUGCUGUUCCAACUGGGGGAACAUACCCUGCAGGAGGAGUACGUGUAUGACAGUUCCCGACCUGCUGAGGAAGGCCCGACUCUGACGGACCUGGAUCAUCAAACAGUGCCAGCCACUACGCCUACACUGCCUUUAUCAUCCGACUCACUGCUGGAGGUGCGCAAACAGGAACCACUCAGUGACUCGGAGGAUUCCAAGGCAGGUUCCUGUAGAGGAGUGGGCAAGAUGUUGGGUGACUAUGAGAACAGAGAGAUGGUUUGUCCCACAUGCAACAAACAUUUCCUCGGAUUGGCAGCCCUGCAGACUCAUGUUGCGUGGUCACACUGCGCUCCUGUUACCAACGCUUCCCGACUGAAGCGACGAGCAUUGCUGAACUCGGAAGAGGUAGACCGUCGUCUCGUCUGUUUCGUCUGCAAGGAGAUUGUUCCUACAGCAUCUCAACUGGAGGCUCACAUACAAGCUCAACACACCAAGAAGAUCCACGACUCAAAUGACACACCCAAACCUAUGCUUUCAGAGGCUGCAGAGAAGUUGAGGAGCAAGAUGUCGCUGGCUCUGGGUGGUUUGGUGGACCGAGCUCUCAACAAGCUGCUGGGGACAGGCAGAGCUUUGAUAGAACCAACCACUAGCAACGGCCAGCCUUCGCAAGCUGAUCUCAACACAGGAGCCCUGCAAUUGCUGGGAAGAUUGUGUGCUGCAAAGAAGAGAUUCGGCAGUGAGAAUGUGAAGCUCAGUGCAGAAACAAUCCAACUGCUGGGUCGAUUGAGGGCUGUCAGUCACAAAGAUGAGAGCGCACGUCCGUACAGUAGCCUGGCCGAGGAGAUGAGGACUAUACUGGCUCGAGGCCGACCCCUGGGUGUGAGCAAGGGAGCGCUGGCCGCUAGUGUUCACAGCAACACGCCCUGUAGCAGCAACUGUGGGGGUUGUAGUGGAAGUGGCACCACUGAUCUCAAGCCUACCAACCUCCUAGACCACCUGGCUGUGUGCAGUAGUGAUGUGCAGGAGCGACCUUACGCCUGUCCCAUCUGUGAGCUCAGGUUUCUGAUACCAAGCACCCGUAAUCGCCACAUUGCCAGAGCUCACGGCAAGUACGGUCGCAGGUAUGACGAGGAGGUGGAGGAAACACUGCCUAAUGAAGACCAAGACCAAGAUUGGAAGAGCCCAAUGGACUUGGAUAUGGAUGGCAAUGACGAUGGUGAAAUGUUACCUCUUUGUUCAGACUGCGGUUUGAGCUUCCAAAGUAUCCAUGAAGUCAUGAGACACAGAAUUGAAGACCACCCCCGAAGAUUUUCAGCUGAUUUCCAAGAGGAAGAAAACCCCAAGAUGGAUAAAGUUUCUGUUGUGGAAUCUAGCUGUGAGACAAAAGAAGCCUCCCAGACACCCAAAAGCGAUGUUAAGAUGUUACCUGUCAGCGACAGCGCAAUAGAUUCCACCAGCACAGUUAAGAGGAAAAGAGGCCGACCAGCAAAGUUAAUACCAAAGUCAGAGUCAAAAUCCAGUUCAAAGAAAAAAUGCCCUGAUGACAAGAUAUGUUCACCGAACCGUAAAGGAAAUAGAAGUGUCGGAAGGAUAAAGAAACAAUCAAAUGACAAUGAAGAAGAGCAUGAGGAUUCUGAAUUUCAGAGUGAGGAUGAAUCAGUAUGCGAGUCCAGCCGUGAAGAGAGCAGCAACACAGAAUCAAACAGUCCCGAAACUGACAAGUCUUCUGAAAAAAUAACAGAAAAACUUGCCAGCCGAACGAGUUCAGAAGAAAAUUUAGCUGAACUGUCCAAAAAGUUAGAUCGUAGAAAGGUUAGGAUGGGAAAUAUGGCUGAAGAAACGGUUAAAAUAAAAGCAGAAGCUGCUCUACGUGAACUGAACCUUGCGAAGAAACAGAAGUCGCCCUCUUCAGCAGCCAAAUGGGGAAUAAACGCGGUCAAAUUUACCAAAAAUUCGCCUUCAGUGGUAUCGUCUAGUCAAUUAAACGGUUCUCCAUCAAAACCGAGGUUCGCUUCUCUCGGUGAAAAGAAGUGGAAAAUUCCAUCAGGAACUGGUGUAGAACCGCCAAUAAAAGUGGAAACAAUAGAUGUAAAACCGGACAUCUACGAUUUCAGGGAUGAGGAAUUGGAGACAAACAAAAAACCAGCUUCCCUGUCCAAAGAAUUUCACUCACCCGAUUCUGAGCACUCAGAUAGCAAUAAGCCAAACUCGUGGAGUGUGUCGGGGAGUCCGCGAAAAGCCGCAAGGUUGAACCUGGACAAUUCUUGAUUGUGGUUUGUUUAUGACCAUUCUCUGUGGCUGUGACUGUUUAGUGUGGUUUUCACCUAUCGUACUAUUCAAAUGGUUGAUCCGUAUUAUAAUUUCUUUUAGUUUACAAUACUAGACCUAUUAUUUGUUAUAAAGAAAUUUAUCGUUUAGGUUUAAUCUCGGUCCGAGCAUAUCGCAGUUUUGUGUAGUUUUAUAUAAUCUCUUAAUUUUGUGACAAAUACUGCCAAAAUGUGCCUUUGUUUUCAUAUCCAGUGCACAUAUAUUAGUGUUUUCGAAUGUUAGUGACUUUAGUUUUUAUGUAUCACGGGAUUAUUGUUUUAAUUAGAUGACUUGAUAUUUGCAACUUGUGUUUUUUAUUAGUUUCGGAUUAUUCAAACUUUAAAUCAUACUUGUUUUCCAAUAUUAUACCUAUGUUUACUCGAUAUAUUAACGAUGAAUUACUAUGUUUAGUUAGUUGAUUAAUGAUAUUUUUUGUAUCACCCGUAUUACAAAUCAAUAAGCCUGAGCUGUAUAUUAAAUGCAAGGGAUAUGUCACAAGACAUAACAAGACUGAAAGUGCAGCUCCAGUUAGCUGUUACGAACCAAUUAUAACUAUAUAAUUUGAUUAAUG